AUGCCGAAAUCGAACUCCCCAAAGCUGUUCAGGCUCGCCGGAUGCCGACCCCGCAAGCUUUACACCGAACCCUGCGGUGUCAAGCUCGAAGACGGAACGACCUGCAAUCGCAUGGCCUCGACCAAACAGAACAUGGACACCCACCAGAUGAAAGACCACUAUCGCAUCCGCUUCAUGUGCCGCAAGCCAUCGUGCGAAGAAACCCUCUCCGACGCCGCCGCCGAGAUCCGGCACGUGAAGAGCAGGCACCGCGACGAGGUGCCGUGGCUGAUGGAGGAGUCGGGACUCCGGCCGAAGUAUGUGGUGCGCGACGGGCCGACGGCGGCGUGGGUGCGGUGUGAUGCGAAAGGUGUGCGUUGUGUGGAUUCUCCUCCGUCUUCCGGCGCGUCGACACCACCCUCGGAGCUCGCUGCUCCCUUCCACUUCACCCUCCCCUCGCCCCAGUCCUCACCCAUAGUGCUAGGAUUUAGUCAAAUCUAU